UCUUAUUUGUAAGCGUAGCGUUCAAGUUGUUUGUUGUAUUGUUGUUUCGGUUUUUUAUUUGUAUUUUAUACAUAGACAUAUAAAUAUACAUAUAUAUUGGAAUAAUAUUUUGUGUUUAGUGUGUUCUUACUUAGUAGAGUUGUUGUUGUAUCUAACAGAUACAAAAAAAAAAAAACAAGAAAUUCGACUUGUAUUCUGUGUAUCUGCGCGUUUAUAUAUGUUUACGAGCGUGUGUGUCAAUUUUUAAACAAAAGCAUAAAAAUAUUGCAAAACAUACAGUGUGGUUUUUGAUUUUACUACUUUUUUUUAAAUAAUUAUAAUAUUUUUCAUUUCAUCAUAGAAUUUGUUAGAAUGAAGUAAAUAAAAGAUUUUCUACCCUUAAAAAAAAUUUAAUAAAAAUAUUUAAUUUUGAAUCUACUAUACGCAGAAUUAAAUCUUUAUGUAUCUGCUUGCAAUUUGAAAAGUUGCACACGACCACACAUCCUUCUAGUAAUUCAUGCUCAUACAACAACAGCUUGAGUAAUAGUACUUGAGUAGAUAUAUACAAUACAACAACGAGGACUAAAACUACAACAGCAAAACAAAAUAAACGUCACAAUUAUAAAAAUCUUAAAGGAUAAAAACAGCCGGGCGAUAAAACGAAUGAGAAAAAACAAACAAAAGAAAAUCUAAAUUAAGUUGAUAAAUAAAAAGUAAAGUAGAAAAAAUAUGGAAUAUUUACACAAAAGAAAGUGAAAAUAUAUACACAAAUUAAUAUUGCUAUAAUUGAAAAAAAACACCAAAAAAUAGAACAUGAUUGAUAAUAGAAAAAAUAGUUAUAGAAUAGAAAAUAAAUAUUGCUGACAUAGAAUUAAAGUGAAAAACAGACAGAUAACUAGAGGGAUAAAUAGCAAAAUAAAAAACUUAAAAAAGUUUAAUUUAUCAUCAGACACUAAUCAGUAUAACAAUAAAUCGUUAGUAGAGACACUAUUGAAGCAAAAAAAAAAUCAUUUGAAACAUUAAAGAAAAUAUUCUCAAAAUAACAAAAAAAUGUUGUAAAUUAACAACAACAAUAAUAAGUUUAAACAUACUAUUAAACAUUUUAACUUAAAUUGUGUUCUUAAAAAAAACAAACAAGAAAAUAACAAAAAUACUGUAGGAUUAAAAUAAAACAAAAUUAAGAUGGAUGACUCCAUGAACAUGUCCCUGGUACCAAGGGAAGAAUGCAUGAAUGCCAUAAUAAAGCCAGUAAAUAUGAUUGAUAAUUCUACAGCAGUUAGUUUUCAAAAAAAUCCAAUUAUUACCACAACAUCAUCAACGCCAACCAAUGUCAAUUCUAAUACUCAACAUUUAACAAAUACAUCACAUUUACAACAGCAGCAGCAACAACAACAGCCACAACAACAACAUAAUCAGUUGCCUUUGCAACCAGUUAACUUUGUGGGGAAUAAUUUAAAGAAUGGAACCCUAAGUUAUGGUUCCCAGAACAAUUUAUGCAAUGGCGGCAUAUCCGGUAAUCAUAUAUUGGCACCCAAAAUACCCAAUAACUGCAGUCCAAAUGGACAGAAAAAAGGCACAGUAUCAUUAUCGCAUUUGCCACAACGACCUCCGGUCGAUAUUGAAUUUACGGAAAUUUCCUAUUCAGUAUCGGAGGGUCGACGGCGUGGUUUUAAAACAAUAUUGAAGGGAGUAUCGGGUAAAUUUCGCAAUGGUGAAUUGACAGCGAUUAUGGGACCGUCUGGUGCUGGCAAAAGUACUCUCAUGAAUAUUUUAGCUGGAUACAAAACCUCUCAGUUAAGCGGCUCAGUUUUGAUCAAUGGCAAAGAACGUAAUCUCAGACGUUUUCGCAAACUCUCCUGUUACAUUAUGCAGGACGAUGUACUCAUUGCAAAUCUGUCGGUACGUGAAGCCAUGAUGGUAUCUGCAAAUCUUAAGUUGGGCAAAAAUAUGGAUCUGGCUGCCAAAAAAGUUGUAGUCGAUGAGAUACUCGAAACAAUUGGUCUGAUCGAAUCAAGCAAUACAAAAACAUGUAAUCUCUCCGGAGGACAACGAAAACGGCUGUCAAUUGCUUUGGAGUUAGUCAACAAUCCACCCGUUAUGUUUUUCGAUGAGCCCACAUCGGGCUUAGACAGUUCGACGUGCUUCCAAUUGAUAUCGCUAUUAAAGUCCCUGGCCCGAGGUGGACGUACCAUAGUGUGUACCAUACAUCAGCCGUCGGCUAGAUUAUUUGAAAAGUUCGAUCAUUUGUAUAUGUUGGCCGAGGGUCAGUGUAUGUAUGAGGGUAGGGUAAGAGCGUUAGUGCCCUUUUUAUCUUCUCUGGGUUACGAUUGUCCUUCGUAUCAUAAUCCUGCCGAUUAUGUACUGGAGGUGGCUAGCGGCGAGUAUGGAGAGUGUGUGCCAAAACUGGUGGCAGCCGUAAAAAGUGGCGUAUGCAAGAAAUACAGUCACAAAAACUAUGGUCUAGAUUUAUCCAAAGAUAUUAAUAAUGAUAUUAUCAAGGGCAAUGGCAAUACCGCCAAUGGUGGCAACUCAACAAAUACCACCUCGGUGACCAUGGAGGAUGAAAAGCUGAAAUUGGAUGAACCCACAUCAGCUGCUGAAUUAGAGCUUAAUUCGAGCAUUUUAAAACCACCGAAAUUGGAAUCACAGAACAGUCAACAAUCCGAUUGUUCUGUCAUCAAUUUACCACGCAACGAUAAUGGUAAAGAUAAUAGUACAAAUUCUAAAGCCGAUCAAAGUAUUAAUGCUAUAUGUAAUGUUGCAGGUGCGGGAGGCGGUACUGCUGACAGCGGUGGCGGAGGAGGUGGAGGAGGCAAUUCUAGUACUAAUGGUGCUGGCUGUACUACAUCAUUAUUGGAUUCACAUGAAUCGGUUAUAACGCUGCCGAAUAAAUCCGGUUUUCCCACCAGUGGUUGGACACAAUUUUGGAUUUUGCUCAAACGUUCCUUUGUCACGAUUAUGCGCGAUCGUAUGUUAACACAUAUGCGUCUAGCUUCGCACAUCAUUGUGGGCGCCAUUAUUGGCAUGAUCUAUUAUGAUGUGGGUAAUGAGGCUUCAAAGGUUAUGAGUAAUGCUGGUUGUAUAUUCUUUACAACACUGUUUACCAUGUUUACGGCCAUGAUGCCUACAAUAUUGACUUUUCCUACCGAAAUGUCGGUAUUUGUGAGAGAGCAUCUAAACUAUUGGUAUUCCCUGAAGGCUUUCUAUUUUGCUAAAACUAUGGCAGAUUUACCAUUUCAGAUUGUCUUCUCUAGCGUUUACGUCAUCGUUGUCUAUUAUUUAACCUCACAACCCAUGGAACCACAGCGACUAACAAUGUUUGUGGUCAUAUGUGUAUUAACUUCAUUGGUGGCCCAAUCGUUGGGCCUGCUCAUAGGUGCUGGUAUGAAUAUAGAGGCUGGUGUAUUUUUAGGACCAGUAACAACAAUACCAACCAUAUUAUUUUCGGGAUUUUUUGUUAAUUUUGAUACCAUACCGGGAUAUUUACAAUGGGUGACAUAUGUUAGUUAUGUACGAUAUGGCUUUGAAGGUGCCAUGGUUUCCAUAUAUGGCAUGGAUCGUGCUAAACUACAAUGUAACGCUAUGUAUUGUCAUUUUCGUAGUCCUAAAAAGUUUUUAGAGGAAAUGUCUAUGGAUCAAGCCGAAUAUUGGAUUGAUGCUGUAGCCUUGAUUGGCAUUUUUAUAGCUCUAAGAAUCAUAGCAUACUUUGUAUUGCGCUGGAAAUUACACAUGAUUCGUUAAAUCAUGUGAUAAUGUACUUGUUAUAUUCUUAUACAUUUAUAUAUAUACAUAUAAACAUAUAUAAGUAUAUAAAGCGAUUACGAGUACUGUGCUGUACUGUAGUUUUUAGAGUUUAGGCGUAGGACUCUAUAGAGUGUUGGUUUUUUUUUAAUAGAAUUAUAUAGCAGAAAAAAAGACCUUUCUAUUCUCAAUAUGGUGUGAUAUGUACGCAAUGUGUUUAAUUUUAUUUUUUUAUAUAUAUAUUUAAAAAGCAAAAUUAUUUUAUAUGAUUUUUGUUAUCUAUUAGUUUUAAAUUUUUUUUCUAUGAAUCUAUCUAUUUACAUACAUAUUUAACUAAACAUUUAAAAUAUACAAUACAUAUAAUGGGGCGUAAGCAAUUAUUUGAUAUUUUUCAUUAAUCAUCAUUAGUUAAAUUUUACUUCUUUUAAUUUGUAAAAAAAAUAAGUUCUAUAUGGGAAGUAAUUGGGUGAAAAUAUGUUCUUUUUUGGUGGUAGAAGUCUUUUAAUAAAUUAUGAUAUUUAUACUUUUUAAUAGGAAGAAAUUUAGAAUGAAGGCAUCACUUAAUAGAGUUUAAGAACAUUCAAUUUUUUUGGGUAGAAAAUUUCGAAAUCAAAAAUUUUAAUUAGUCAAAUGUAGGAACAUUUUGUAGGAAUGACAAUGGUACAACCUUAUUAAUUAUUGUGAACAUGACAUGAGAUUUAUUAAUUGCAACUGAACAUUUCAAGGUUUUAUAAAAUUUUCAAUAAAAUUAUUGAUUAAUUUCUAAAAAUUCCAAUUCAUAUUGGAAAAUAGUUUAAAAUCGGUUUGUUGUGAAUAUGUACUAAAUUCAUCGAAUGUUAGUCUAUUUUCCAAUAUUUUUUCCUAUUCUUUUGCGUUACUGAUUUGAGAACAGAAGAUUUAAAAGUUGUCUUCACAUCAUACUAAAGUGUGAAUUAAAGAGUUGUUUGUUCCUUUUUUAAGAUAAGCGAGUUAUAUGAAAUAUUUUAGGGAUUAAAUUUAAGGACAGGAAGAAAUUUUCUUGGAAACGUAGAUUUAAUUCGUUUCACAUUAUAUCGUAUUUUCUUAUCAAACACAAAACUUAAUAAGGGUCAAGAUAAAAGCUUUCUAGCUUUUAUACAAAAGCUACUUUUGCCGAUCAUCUUAUGAGUAUGUAAGAGAGAGAUAGAAGAAAAAAUUAUCUAUAUCUUCGAUAAACUAAAAUUUGAAAGACAAAGGAUAAGGAUAAUAAGGAUAGAGGUAGGUUACGAAUUUCUUGCAAGAAAGUGUAAUCUAUUACAAAUUUGAUCUCGUGAGAUA